AUGUUGGGAUUAUUAUAUAUCGGCGCCUUCUCAUUCGCAACGUGCGUGAGCGCGAACUUGGCCUAUAAGUCUCGACCAGAUCUCGCUGUCCCUGUACUGAACAUUACUGUUCCUGCCACUAACGAGGCCGCGGAUGGACUCAUCUUUUAUACCCCAGAGAGCACUUACGCGGAUAAUACCAACCAUGGGCCUGCUCAAAGUGGCCCGUAUAUAUUCACCGAUAAGGGUGAAUUAGUGUGGUCGGGUUUUGGAUUUAUUGGUCCAAGGAGCGAGAACUUCCAGGUCCACACCUACAGAGGACAAAAAGUGCUGAGUAUCUUCGAAGGUUCACACAACUCACCAAUGGGUCAUGGCCAUGGACGGACCACUAUCCUGGACAACCGAUACCGGUACUUGAAACAGAUCAAGGGAGGGGGUCAUAAACUAGCUGAUCAGCACGAGUUCCUAUUCUUUGACGACAACUCUGCUGUCUUCACGAUCUUUGACCCAGAAAUCAGAGACCUAACUUCAUACGGCGCAACGUCAGAGAGUCAGCAAUGGAUCCUCGACAACAAGAUCCAAAAGGUUGAUACAGAUUCCAACCGAGUCUUAUGGGAAUGGAGCUCUCUUGACCACAUCAACCCAGCUUAUACAAACUUGACUUUACAAAGUGGGAACGCUGGCUUAGGCACAAAUUCGAGUCAAGUAUGGCACUACUUCUACAUGAACGCAUUUGAUGUCGAUCCCGAAACAAACACAUAUCUCAUAUCCGCUCGAAGUAUGUGCACCAUCUUCAAAAUGGAUGGAAAUACCGGCAAUAUCAUCUGGCAACUGGGCGGGCCAAAUUCCAAUUUUUCGCUUGGCGAAGGCGUGGAUUUCUGCUGGCAACACGAUACCCGCAUGCACAAGAAAUAUCUGCACCACGAAACUAAGGGAUCCAAGGAGAUCAUCUCAUUCUUCGAUAACUCUGCCCAUGAGAAUCUUGCAGGAGGACCCGAUCUCCAGACUCGCGACUACAGCGCGGGCAAGGUGGUCGAACUCGAUACGAAGACGCACAAAGCCACUUUGAUCGCCAGUUUCCGGGCCCCUGGAGAUCUCUCGGUUAGGUCGCAGGGAAACUUACAACUUCUUCCGAAUGGAAACGCAUUCAUAAAUUGGGGAUACAACGGUGCAAUUUCAGAGCAUAAGCCAGAUGGGACAACUAUUUUCUUUUCCAAACUUGACUCUGGAAGACUUGGUCCUGGAUCGGAGAACUAUCGGGCCUUCAAGUUCGAAUGGCACGCUGUUCCUUAUGAAGAGCCAGCUUUGGUGGCUUUCAAAGAGUCAAAUGGCACCUCUUGCUACGUUAGCUGGAAUGGGGACACUGAGACAAAAGUGUGGAAAUUCUUCGCACAGGCUCCCGGCAGACGGAGACUCCCCCUGGGAAGUGCGAACCGACGUGGAUUUGAGACCAGCUUCCAUACCGUGAGAAAGGUUGACUUCGUCAUUGCUGAAGCGUACAAUAGCCGAGGUGAGAAGUUGAUGUCGUCUCCUGCCAUUAAAGUUGUGAAGUACAAGGCACGACUAGUUUACCCCUAA